AUGAGCAGGAGCAAUACUCCGAAGCUCUCCAGGGCUGGGUCCUAUUCUUCACUUUGGAGAUCUUGGAGUCCCAUGCUUGAGGGAUUAACCAACUAUGAGAAAUCACGCCAGAACUACCCUUGGUUGGCGCAUGAUGACAUGGAUGAUGGACUGUAUGAUCCUGCGACUUGCCGACGCUCAAGACCACUGUCUUUACUCGCCGAGGUCCCUGAUGCAGCAAGCCAGUGCGAUCAAUCCAUCACGUGUACAGAUGAUUUGGAGGAACAGUUACCUCCGGAACCUCUCCUCGACUCCCAGGGCAGAGAUCCUAAUAUUGUCACCUGGGAUAGUCCCCAAGACCCUUCCAACCCCCACAACUGGAGCAGGCGCAAGAAAUGGACCUCUACUAUCCUUGUCUCUUGUUUCACUUUCAUCUCUCCCGUGUCAUCAACCAUGCUAGCUCCAGCGUUGUCAGACUUGGCAGUUGAGUUCAACAUCUCUUCGGAUUUUGAGACAUACUUGCUCAUGUCAAUCUUUCUUCUUGCAUAUGCGAUCGGCCCAUUCCUUUUGGCUCCAUUGUCAGAGAUGUUUGGCAGGGUUGUUGUUCUCCAGUCAGCCAAUAUGUUUUAUUUGGUGUUCAAUACCGUGUGUGGCUUUUCUCAGACAAAGCAGCAAAUGUUGAUCUUUCGUUUUUUGAGUGGCCUAGGUGGAAGUGCUCCACAAGCGCUUGGAGGGGGCGUGCUGAGUGAUUGUUGGCGCAAGGAAGAAAGAGGAACAGCAACUGCUAUCUACAGUCUUGCUCCAUUCUUGGGACCCGCAGUAGGACCAAUUGCUGCCGGGUAUCUGACGCAGCAUUUGAACUGGCGUUGGAUCUUUUGGGUCGUCUCCAUAGCCGAUGCUGUGGUUCAGAUACUUGCGUUCCUGUUCCUGCAAGAGACAUACCCACCUAAGAUUCUAAAGGUCAAGGCCAGGAAUCUCCGCAAGCUAACUGGCAAUAAGUACUUGCAUACGGAGUUCGAGCAACGAGAUCGAACAUUCAUGUCCUUACUACUUAAUAACUUGAAACGGCCUUUUGUCAUGCUGUUUACACAACCGGCUAUACAGAUCACUGCACUAUACCGUGCUUAUCUAUAUGGUCUGAUGUACCUCGUUUUCGCUUCGUUCCCAAUGGUAUGGGAAGGGCAAUACAAUCAACAGCCUGGCCGUGCCAGCUUGAAUUAUGUUUCGCUUGGUGUCGGCUUUGUCAUUGGACUCCAAAUAUCUGGUCCAUUGAUUGAUAAGCAGGUUUACAGGGUGCUCAAAGAGCGCUACAAUCAUCCUGGGCGCCCUGAGUUUCGCGUUCCCUUGAUGUUCCCCACAGCGCUAGUUACCCCUGCUGGUCUUAUUCUCUACGGCGUUGCGGCGCAUCUCAAGCUCCAUUGGAUAAUACCUAAUGUUGGAGCAACGAUUUUCGCAGCAGGUCUCAUUCUUUCAUUCCAAUGCGCUCAGACAUACAUCAUUGAUUCAUAUGAAAGAUAUGCCGCAAGUGCUACUGGAGCUGCAGCCUUUGUCCGCACCAUGGCAGGGUUUAGCUUUCCUUUGUUUGCGCCAGCAAUGUACCAGAGGCUUGGAAUCGCUUGGGGAAAUGGGCUGCUUGCGGGGACGGCCAUGGUUCUUUGCCUUCUCGCUCCUGUUGUACUUUGGCGGUAUGGAGAAUGGAUUCGACGGAAAAGUUCUUAUUGCGCUGGGUAA